CUCGUCAUCGCCCUCACCAAGUACACGUCGGACAAGACCAACGACGCCAGCCACCGCGUGCUCGAGUCUGGCGUCAUCUCGACGCCGCCGCGGUCGCCCCACGUCGGCCACUCCCACGGCGUCAUCGCGUCGGGGCCCUCUGACGAAGAGACGGCGAUGCGCCAGAAAAUCUCAGUGCUUAUUUUCGAGGCCGGCGUCGCGGUCCACUCGAUCAUCAUUGGCAUUGAGCUCGGCGUGAGCUCGGGCGACGAGUUCACGACGAUUUUGAUUGCAAUCUGCUUCCAUCAGUUCUUUGAAGGCGUUGCUGUCGGUAGCUCGGCCGUCUCGGCCUUCUCGGAGAUGAAGACACUCGCGCUCUCGGCACUUGCGUACUCGCUCACGACGCCGAUCGGUGUCGUUAUCGGCAUUCUCAUCUCGAGCACGUACAGCGACACGUCGACGACAGCGCUUUGGGUCAAGGGCACCUUCGAUGCGAUUGCCGGUGGUAUCCUCGUCUACACGGGGCUCGUCGAGCUCGUGACGUACCAUUACACGACCAACUCCGAGUUCCACAAGAAGACGUUCACGGGCCGUGGCCUCAACUACAUGUGCCUCUACCUCGGGUCGGCCGCCAUGGCCAUCGUCGGCAAGUGGGCAUAA